AUGCUCCAAACGGACAUUCGGUACACGAAACUGCGAUGGCUUCUGACUGUCUUAGGGCUUUUACUAUACUUCGUAGAUAUCUGGACAGACGUGGGACUGUCUCUGAAGUACCUUCUGGAUGAACAAUACAUAUGCUCGGCAUUGACGUUCUCCUUCGUCCUGUUCGGGCUGCUGGUCACUCAAAUUUUUAGCCAUGCCUGGUAUGAGGACGACAUCAAAGAUGCAGUGGUCAACCCCCGAGGGGAAGCCGCAGUAUGGGGAAUUUCCAGCCGAAGGCUUAUGGUCAUCCACGUGUGUGGUGUGGGAAUUUUCACCAGGUACUACCACCUACUCAAAAAUAGCUUUGGAGUGGUCUGGAUCUCGAAUGAUUCCCUCGAUAAGGCCGAGAGAAGAGAAGUGCACUACCGCCUGUUUUGCCACGCCACCGACCUGAGUAUGCUCAAACUCUUCGAGGCGUUCUUGGAGAGCGCACCCCAACUUCUCCUGCAGAUCUACAUCAUACAGGACCACGGCGAGGCUUCGCUUGUGCAGUAUUUUUCUAUGAUCUUCUCCUUUUUCAACAUCAGCUGGGCCCUGGUGGACUACCGCCGCUGCCUCCGCCGGUCACUCCCACACAUCCAGGAGAUGCCCUCUGGCCUACCCACCGCCAUUUACCUCCUCUACAAACUCUGCACCAUAGGCAGCCACAUCCUCAGCUACAGUCUCCUUCUGGUACUCAACCCUUACUGUGUGAUAGCCUUAGUGGCUUUUUUGUGGCUGCUGGGGACUUUGUGGUCACACGUACUCGGUACCCACUUCUGCACCACCAGAAGACACGAGAUAGUCUACCGCAUCGUGGUUGGGUUCAUACUCACAAACACCUUUUUUAACGUUAAAGGAAAGGACACCAAAAGAGACAUGGCUGUGUAUUAUAUCGUCUACUCGUUCAUUAACAUGACGUCGCCAUUGCUUUUGGGUUUUCUAAAACCUGAAGUGCAGAAAGAAAUGUUCUUCCUGGUGAUCAGCGGGUUCAUUAUCGGCGGCACCGUGCUAGGGAUGGUCUUCCUUUUGUCUUACUACGGGUACAUGCACCCGAGGGAGAAGAAACGCGAAGCUGACGAGGUAGAUGGAAUUGGAAAUAAUAUCGUGAAAACAAGCAGGAUGAGCAAGUUUCUGCAGCCUUGA